AUGGCCAUUGGAAUUGGGGUCACCCUGCUCCACCAGCGCUUGCUGAUGGGCACUGAAAUGAGUGGGUCUGUAGCAGGGCACCAGACAGCCAUCUCUCCAGGGAGCAGGAAGUCCAUCCAGAAGUACGUGAAGAGCCACUACAAGGUGGGCCAGAACGCCGACGUCCAGAUCAGGCUCGCCAUUAAGCGCCUGCUCACCGCUGGAGUCCUCAAGCAGGCCAAAGGGGUCGGUGCCUCCGGCUCUUUCCGCCUGGCCAAGGCCAGCAAGGCGAAGAAGUCCCCGGCCAAGAAGAGGAAGAAGGCCGCCAGGAGAUCCACUUCACCCCGGAAAAGAGCUAGGUCCAGGAAAGCCAAGUCACCAGCAAAGAAGCCCAAAUCUGCCACCAGGAAAGCCAGGAAGAAGUCGAGGUCCAGCCCGAAGAAAGCCAAGAAGCCAAAGACUGUUAAGGCCAAGUCGCUGAAGGUGUCCAAACCCAAGAAGGCAAAGCGGUCGAAACCCAGAGCCAAGUCCAGCGCCCGGAAGUCACCCAAGAAGAAGUGAAGAAGUCUAGAGGCGUUUCGGUACUCUCCCUGUUGGUUCUGUAAAUAGCUGUUGCCUUUAUUUUUACCCCUUUCUAUUGCAUUUUAUAAAGAAUUGAUCUAUUGCUGAAUGGAAAUCACUAAAAUAAGGCAGUUAAUGAAUGAAAAAAAGGAACAUCUUUAGUAUGGAGAGUUCCCAUUUUUAAGAGUUA